AUGGCACACGGCUGUUUUUACCGACUGGCCAAUAGUAACCAGUCAGCGUUGAAGUACCUGCCCCAAAUUGGGCUUGACGCGCAUGCAACUAUUCUCGCUACCAACUCGCGGACUCUCAUUACGCAGACCUUUAUAAACCCUUCUGCUACAGAGGCUAUCUCCGAAGUCUUCUACUCGUUCCCUUUAUAUGAAAGUUCAAGCAUCGUUGGCUUCACUUGCCGUUUGGGCGAUACUGUAAUUGAAGGAGUAGUUCAACCCAAAGAGAAAGCAAAGCAGACAUACCAAGAGGCAAAGUCCAAGGGCAAAACCGCUGCUAUCCUCCAUCAGUCCCUUGGUGCAGCCGAUGUAUUCAGCACGCGCCUAGGAAAUGUCCCUGCCGGGGGUACUGUUCUCGUCGAGAUCACCCUUAUUCAGGAGUUAUCCCAGGAUGCUAAAACUGAUGGGAUUCGAUACACGAUACCCGUCACUAUUGGACCUCGAUAUGGACGUGGAGAUGGUAGCGCGGGUGUGCCCGAGGGUGUUGUAGUUAAAACCGCAAUCAAGGUGGACGUCGUCAUGGAAAAAGGAUCUAAUAUCCGCAACAUUCGGUCACCAAGCCAUCCCAUUCAGGUGGACUUGGGCCGAACAUCCGAUAUGCCGCAGUCAAUCUUUGAGUCGUACUAUGCUUCAAUCCAGCUUGAGGAUAAUGUGGCCAUCGAUGAAGACUUUGUUCUCACUGUCAACGCGGACAAACAAGAUCUCCCAUUUGCCUUCUUAGAGGCACACCCUACGUUGCCAAAUCAAAGGGCACUGAUGGUCUCCCUGGUACCAAAGUUUAGUUUACCACCGGAUUCAUCUGAGAUCGUGUUUGUCAUUGAUCGCAGUGGAAGUAUGGAGGAUAAGAUUCCUACUCUCCGAUCCGCUCUUGAGUUAUUUCUUAAAUCGCUGCCGCUGGGUGUACCCUUUAAUCUUGUAUCAUUUGGCACCUCGCAUGAAACUCUCUGGCCCCGAAGCAAGGUAAGUAGCACGGAGAGCUUAAAAGAGGCACUUACGUAUACAAAGAAGAUCCGGGCCGACCUAGGUGGGACAGAGAUGAUGUCCGGCCUUCAGGCAGCUGUGGAAAAUCGCUACCAAGACAAGGUCCUUGAGGUGUUAGUCCUCACUGAUGGAGAGGUUUGGAAUCAGCAUCGAGUCUUUGACCUUGUCAACCGGGCGAACCAGGAGAACUCUGCCCGGUUCUUCACUCUCGGCCUUGGGAACUCUGUGUCCCAUUCGCUCAUCAAUGGAAUCGCUAGAGCGGGCAAAGGGUUUUCCCAGACGGUUCUGAAUAAUGAGGAUUUGAAUAAGACUGUGAUCCGCAUGUUGAAGGGCGCUUUGAUGCCGCGACUACAUAACAGCAAGCUGGAUGUGAACAUUCCCGAGUUCAAAGAAGACUACGUGGAAGUUGAACCUGCGCGCAGUGAUAGAUCAGACACAGAGCCUCUAGUUCAGCCAAUUUCUCUAUUUGAGCAAGACCACAAAGAAGAGGAAAUCGUUGGUGAUGUUCGUGGGCCUCUGCCAAAACUUGCUGUUCCUAGUAUUCUACAAGCACCAGCGGAUCUUCCAGCUCUGUUCCCCUUCAUUCGCUCAAAUAUCUACCUACUAUUCUCACAGCCCACUGACUCGGUCCCGGAAACCAUCACCCUUCGCGCCAACAGCAAACAUGGUCCCUUGAGUCUGGACAUCCCCGUACAAGAUAUUGGCAAGGGGCAAACUCUUCAUCAGCUUGCAGCUAAGAAGACAAUCACUGAACUUGAGGAGUCUCGCGGCUGGAUCUACUCCGCCAGGGAUACUGAGGGCGAGCUAGUUAGGUCCAAAUGGGAGAGUCGGAUUGAUGAACUAGUUCAGAAAGAGUGCGAGCGUCUGGGGGUGAUGUUCCAAAUCGCAGGCAAACACUGUUCAUUUGUUGCCGUAAACGACAACACCCCGGUAGAGUAUGAAAAGGAUCCAGGGAGAAAAUUCGCUGUUAUGCGGACAAUUACCGAACGUCAGGCCGCCUGCAGAAUGCAGAUCGAUUCCGCAUUCAACCUAGAUUUCAGCGCACAAGAAAAUCCCGAGAUCCUGGAGAACUUCGACUUUAACACAUUCCUCAACAGUGACGCCGACGCCUCAGGCUUCGGGUUUGUUCCCAAUGCGACUCCGUCCCCCAAGAGAAAAAAGGCCAAAAGAUCUUGGAUAUUGGAUUCGUGUGCAGAAUCAUAUUCCCCGAUGGCUUCGUUUGGUAGCGCUACGAGCCCGAAUUACAUCCCUACCAGUCCUACCUUGGUUCCCACAGCCACUUUCAGUCCCACGGGCACUUGCAGUGGGUACGUUCCAACUGCUACAACUCCAAGCUUUUCUCCUACAAGCCCAGGCUACAGCCCGGUUGCCUUCGGUGUUGCAGUGAGCUCUACACGCCCACUUACGAACCCUAGCUUCUCACCUGACUCACCCUCCAAUAACGAGGAAGACGACGAUGAAGGCACGGGCUCAACACCAGCCCUUCCAUUAAAUAAACUCAUCCAUCUUCAGACCUUUGAAGGAUUUUGGGAGAUAAGCGAUGCGCUGUUCCGGAUUGUGGGCCUCGAUCCAAGCACUACCCGUACCAAGAUACAAAGCGACUAUGAGUCCCUUGCAGAAAACAACACAAAUCAGACGCCUGUUGAUGAGAAAUGGUCUCGUUUAAUUGCCACGUGCCUGGUGUGCCAGUUCUUGGAGAUGAAGGAAACCGCGUCUAAAGAUGUGUGGGAAUUGGUGAAGACCAAGGCAGAUGGUUGGGUGCAGGCUGAGACUGAUGCAUUGGAAACUGCAGAUCGAGAAGUCAUUGUGAAGCUCCUCGAUGGACUAGGCUCUUUCUUCUGA